CUCUAGGCGCCUUCUUUCUCUCCAUGAAUUUCUCCUCUUCAGACCCUCUACGUUGCUACUUCACACAUAUGCCCAGCUACAUGACCCUUUCACGUCCAUGUCCUUCUACAAUGGCUCCCUCACCUCUAUGAUCCGUUCCAGUUUCUCUCCACCCCCUCAGCUCUCUGACCCUCUAUACAGUUCCUCACUGAUACGCUUUCUCUGCAUCAUCUCCUCACCUCUACUACCCCUCCACAGCAUCUCCUCGUCGUCCUCAUCUCUGUAGCCAUCGGCAUCCUUUUUGUAGUCCCUUUGCCCUAGGCGCCAACUAGAGACCCUCUUCCGCUGCUCCUUCCCCUCACUGGGACGUCAACGCGGCGAGAGCGCCCUACACGACUCCUGCCAAGUCCCGAGCCCAAAGGAAUACCCGUCUCUCUCGUUCUCCGUGUCUUCACUCUGCCCUACUACUCUGAGCUCCUCCGUGGCGACCCCCGGCCCCGGGUGACCACUCUCGUCUCUUCCACUUCGCCAGCAGCGUGAGUCUCCGGCACACGCUACUCGCCUUGACCUCGGAAGCACAACUCCGUGACGUGAGUCGUCGUCCCGGCACCGGAAGUCUCGACGUUUAGUCCCGCCCUCUCUCGCCGCUUGGACUCCGCUGCCUCUUAGCACUAGCUAUGACUGCGCGCGGGACUCCGAGCCGCUUCUUGGCCAGUGUUCUCCACAACGGACUGGGUCGCUACGUGCAGCAGCUGCAGCGUCUGAGCUUCAGUGUCAGCCGUGACGGCCCCUCGUCUCGCGGCGCCAGGGAGUUCGUGGAACGGGAGGUGAUCGACUUCGCCCGACGGAACCCAGGGGUCGUAAUAUAUGUGAACUCGCGUCCGUGCUGCGUGCCCAGAAUAGUGGCGGAAUACCUUAACGGGGCUGUGCGCGAGGAGAGCAUCCACUGCAAGUCGGUCGAGGAGAUCUCGACGCUGGUGCAGAAGCUGGCCAACCAGUCGGGCUUGGAUGUGAUCCGCAUCCGCAAGCCCUUCCACACCGACAACCCUAGCAUCCAGGGCCAGUGGCACCCCUUUACCAACAAAUCGACCACGUUCCACGGGCGACGCCCCCGAGAGGUCCAGGAUCCUGCCUCAGCCCAGCUGCAAGCACAGUGAAGAGACACUGGCCUGAGACUGUCUUUAGCUGCACAGCAGAUCCUUCUGCCCGGCUGGCCCUACCCAGUAUCAGCUCAGUCAUCUGAACUUCCAUGGGGAAAUACCCAUUACCCUCCUGAACCCUUGUCAUCCGCCACUUGGCUGAAAGCUCCAGAGCUGGACCUCCCCACAGUGGAUCCUCUCUCAUCCUCAUUGACCUCUGCUCCAGCGCCUAUGCUGUCCCCAGUUCCCUGCCUCCCCAUGGUCCCUGCACUGACCACUGUGUGCUCAGCGUGAAGACUGCAUAGAAGUGUGUACGGCUUGAGGUAUCAGCAUCCAGACUGCAGACCCCACGCAGCGUCUCAUACAGUGGAAUAUGGCAGAUGAGACGGGCUUUCAGGAAGGAUGUCCACUUUUUCUACAGGAUCUUCUUCCCUCCCAGGUCUCCCUGGGGAGGUAGAGGCAUGGGAUAAGGGACCAGGGUCAGAGAUCCAGCCUCCAUACCCAUGCCCCGACGUCAGCCCUCUCCACCUUGCAGACGCGAGCCACACGGGCCACACGGUGGCUGCUGCGGCUCUGAGGGAAGCUGCCAGAGCCCUCCUCGGUGGCACGCUCCGUGAAGAAGUAAUAAACCUUGUCAUCGUCA